GAGUCUUGGCUGGCCGCACAAUUCAAUUGCAUUUCCAGCCAGACUUUUGAUGUUUCUUCUGCAAGCAAUCCGCCCGCGCUGGGUGAUCAAGGUGAGAAACUGUUCCUAGAAUCGCCAGCUGACGAAGUUUUCCAUAGCAGCGAUGAAGAGCUUCAAACGGCAAAUGGUGGCGCGCAGCCAUCUGAUGAAUCAGAAGAAAUUUUUUGGUCCUCUGAUGAAGGGGAUUACGUGAGACCACCUCCAGUGAAAAGAGGUCGCUAUGCGGCCAGGUCCUCGCAGGGAAGUGAAUUCUUGAACAAAAGUGUUUGCAAGGAGGCCUUGGCUCGUUUGGUUGGAGUGGGCAACUCGACGAUCAGCAAGAUCAGACGUGGAGAGAUGGCUUUCACAAAUCAUUCCAGACCCGAACUACCUAAGCACCCGAUGUUCGGGUUCACGAUGAGGGGAGAGACCUCUGCACUGUGGGAACACAUCAUCAUGUUCCUAUGGUUCGUAUACCAAAGCUGUGCGGAAUUUAUGCCAAAUUAUUUCCGAAUGGCUGGUGAGCAAUCUGCAGAGACAGCAUUUCCUGAGGACAAAGAGGAUGUUGAUCAUGACUGCAUCGCCCGGCUUGUGAAUGGAUUCAGCCAAACAUUGCAGACGGUUUCUACUGACAUAGAUGUCAACCAGAUUGGCCCAGGAACCUUUCGAGGACCAAUGAAAGCUCUUCCACAUGGGACACGCGCCGAGCUAUAUUGGGAAUACAAAGUUUUCAGCGAAUCUAGAGGACUUCCGGUGGCAUCCUACUCGACCUUCAUGAGGGUGGCCAACCCCAUAUUGAAACCAGACACCCGAAAUACUGGACAUCUACGGUUUAGGAAAACGGGCGAACACGCCCAGUGCGAUCAAUGCUUUUCUCUGCGAAAGGCCAUUGCUAAAGCCAAGAACCCUGCUGAGAAGCUUUCGCUUCAAAAGGAUCACCAUCGGCAUGUGUUGAGUUCUUGGCUAUGCCGCCAUGUCUACUGGUCCAUGAGAGCUUUGUCUCAGGCCACGUUUGCUGCGGUGAUUCAAGACAAUGCAAGGCAUGCUUGGGAUGCCCUGGCUGUUUCCAGCUGUGUAGUGUGCGCCAUGGUCGACGGUAUGGACCAGGCAAAAUUCAAGGUGCCGAGGACAAAGGCUCGCCAUUCAAAACUCUAUAGUCGCCUAUGGCGACCACAGCUUCACAUGGCAGCUGUAUGGAUGCAUGGAGCUAUGCUGAACUUUUUCGUGAGCAACGAGGAUUGCAAAAAAAACAGCUCUACUCAAUGUGAAAUGCUGAUGCGAUCGUUGGACAUGAUCUUGGACCGCUUUGAAGCUUUGCCUGCUGGAUUAGCAAUCCAAAUGGAUAACACUCCAAGGGAAGGAAAAAAUCAGUUUUUUACUGGGUGGAUUGCUUUGCUGGUGGCCCUUGGGAGCUUCAGGCAUGAGUUUAGCACGCCCGAGGACGUCAUGGCUUUGCUGGACAUGAGCCAUCGACCAGAGAAUCAGGCUGAGCUGCUCAGAAAGACUGCGAAGAAGUUUACUGUUGAGACCAAUUCGCUGAAGCUAGACCAAGUUGCUGACUGGAAGGACAUUGAUCCAGCAUCAUAUGGUGCUUGCCAGCCUGAAGAGAUUCCAGGCUAUCAACCUCAUGGAGCUGACGUAAUGCUGCUGGUGAAGCGCUUGAUGGCAGACACAAGCCCAAUCCAAAUGAAGUUCAUGUGCGAGAACACUCGCUACAAGCAGAAGUUCCUUUCUGGGGCAUGGCCAGACUGCCCCGUCUUCACGGACAUGUGCGAUUUGAGCUGCGGUCGAGCCCAUGAGUUCCGAUCUGGCGAAAUCCGAGAUGUCCCACAGGUCACAUUGGCUUUGGUGGGAUAUCCUUGCAAAUCGAUAUCGCAGCAGAACUGUUCAGCCAAGUCCUUCAAGGACACUACGAGCACCACUGGCUCAGGAUUUGAUGCUCUGAUUAAGUUUGUGGACCGCUUUCGCCCAGAAAUUGUUCUCACUGAGAAUGUGCGGUCACUCACACAGACUCGCAAGCAGUUUGACUGCGAAGUGCCCAUUCAAAUCCAGAAUGAUGCUUUCAGCCGGAGGGGAUACCAUUGUUGGCAUGAAGUUGUGUCUUCUGUCGAUUUCGGUCUCUCGCAGAGCAGAACACGUGCAUGGGCUAUCUAUUUGCUUCACCAUGGACAUGGGCCACUCUUUUCAAUUUCAAUUAAUGUUUUCCCUUGUGUGACCCAAUCUCUCAUCCGCAUCACACCCAAUUGUUUCAUGUAUUCAAAUACUUGUCACUGGUCAAGGCAAGAGCGAUAUGCUCCCUUGAGCAUCGUGUCCAAGUUCAAGUGCUCGCCCUACCCGAUUGACUUCUUCUUGUUGCCUGCUGGUCAAGGUGACGCGGCUCGUGGCAAGGCCAAAGUGAGCAAGAAGGGGAGCAGCGCUUUGAAAUGGGAGGCAGGCUUUGAGGAGUAUUGCCAACAGUUGGGCCACGUAUCUUGA